CAGACAAGAGGAGUGGAGAAAAGCAAAGGAAACAUCUUUACUUUUUUAUUCUCUUCAUCACAACGCGUAUCUCCACCUUCAUCUCGCCUGACUUAACAAUCUCCCUCUAACUUUGAGGCUCCUCCCCCUAUUUCCCCUCCUCCUCAUUUUGUUUUUGCUUUUGAAUGGACAACUGAGAGAUGAGAUUCAUUCUGCUCCUGCUGAUUACAUCUUUCUACCUGCAUCCCCAUCAUAAAUGUUGGUUAUAUUUUUGAUUGCGACCACUGUUAGCUGCAUGCAUGCUCUCAGGCUGCACACAUGGAACUGUAUGCUUUGAGUGGGAGAAGAGAGCGCCACAGACGGUGCAGCAUCCUCCUCCAGGACACCUGCUGCUGCACUGCUUCACUAACGUAAACAUGAGGACAUCCAGAAAGAGAGUUUAAACUUUCACCAUCAUGCAAAGCUUUUAUCUUCUCUCAAAAGUUUGAAACAGGUCACAAAGGGCUGUCCUUUGUUGGUCCUUUGAUUUUGUUUUAUUUUAUUUUCUCCACAGUGAGUCAGAAUGAGCCCUGUUUGGCUUCUUCUUCUGCUCACACACCUCUUAAAAGCACAAGUGACUCAAAGGUUUUUCACUGGAGAACCUUUAAACAGCAGCAAUAUUUCAACCAACGGCACAGGACUUUUAGAACCCUUCCCCACAGAACCUCCUGGUUUUACUGGAACACCUUCAGAAGCUCCCACAGUGGAAGAGGAUGACUGGUUACCAGCAGAGAACUUCUUGUACACUGGGGAUCCGUUCACUCUGAGAAAGGCCCGUUGUUCCCGAGCAUAUAGCACUCAGGGACAGAACGGACCUCUACCAAUGACCUUUAUUUCCCCCCUCCAGCCAGCUCUGAAUGCAUUGGCCAACACUGCCAACUUUCUCAACAUGGUCUUCCAGGCCAGUGACCUGCGGGAGAGCACAGUGCAGGAAGAUAUGGAGUGGUACCAUGCCCUGGUCAGAGCCCUACUAGAGGCCGACGUGAUCAUUCGACGGGCCCUCCUCACUUUCGAUGCUGACCCAGCUGCUAAGGUGCCACAAAUGGUUCUUCAUGCAACCCGCAACCCAUCUGCUAAGCAGCAAACCAUCAUCCUCCAGGACUUGUCUAAGUCCUGGGAGAGGUUCCACCCACCAGCCCCAGCCCCAGAUGACAGCUGGUUCACCAGACUAAAAUUCUCUGAGUCCAACCAGCAGACAGCAGCCUUGUCUAAGCGGGUGCUCCUCAAUGACCUCAGCACCUUAGACACCCCAAAGUGGAGUCAGGGCGACAGCUAUGUGACCAAUCAAAACAGUGUACGGUGGGCCAGCGCUCCAUUUCUGGACUGUAAGGAUAGUCUGUUGGUUCCCGGCUGGAUGCUGACCCUGUCCAUCUCCUUCUACGGCCUCAAACCUGAUCUAACACCUGAGUUCAGAGGUGUUAUACGUGUGGAUGUCAACAUUCAGGGCAUUGACUUGAACCAGUGUGCAACAGACAACAGCUGGUUUGCUGAUACUCAUCAGUGCAAUCGCACCACCAUGGAGUGUGUGCCAGUUCCAGGUCGGGGCUUUCGAUUGGGUCAGUACUGCUGCCGCUGUAAGGAGGGAUACUACAACCCUGACAUUUCCCCCGAGGACUCCGAUGCUGGCCCUCUGAACGGCAGUGACAGCAGUGGUGUGUGUUACCCGAACAUGCCCAUCUGUCUCCCAUGCUGGCCAGGUUGUAAGAGCUGCCAGGACAGCACCCCUUGCUGGGUGCAGGAGGACAGGACACUCAGGGCCGGAGUGCUAGCCCUGCAGGGGGUCUUUAUGUUCCUCAUCUUUGUCAGCAUGCUUGUAGCCUACCAGCAUCGUCGAAACCGGAGGAUCCGGGCAUCUGGUCUCCUGCUGCUGGAGAUCAUCCUGUUCGGCUCUCUGCUCCUCUACUUUCCGGGUGCUGAAGGUGUUCCUCUCACGCACAGCCCAGCGGAUGCCCUACAUGUCCAGCCUCCACCUGAUGAGGAUUCUGGGGGUGAUGCUGAUGACAGUCAGCUGGUUCCUGUGUGCGUGGACGGUGGGCGUCCUUCAGAACCGCGACAGAAACAUUCCAGUCUUUGUCACGGCCACAACAUCAGACGGACAAAGCUUCAACCUGUGCUACCUGGACCGCUGGGACUACAUGAUGGCUGUGGCUGAACUCCUGUUCCUGUGCUGGGGCAGCUCCCUGUGGACGGCUGUCAGGCCUGUCCCCUCAGCCUUCCAUGAACCUCGCUACAUGGGCAUUGCCAUCCACAACGAGCUGUUUCUCUCAUCUAUGUUCCAUUUGUUUCGGUUCACCUUUCAGUCUCUCCAUCCUGACUGGAUGCUGCUACUCUCCUUCACACACACUCAUGUCACCAUCACGGUGACACUGGUCCUGCUCUUCAUUCCAAAGGUAUUUAGCUUUUGCAUUUCACAUUUGGACUCAGUUGGUAGAGCUGAUGCC